AAAACUGCUAAAAUUUAAAUUUCUGGACCGGCAAGGCAACCGGCUGAGCCGGUCGCCUAACUCUCUCUCUCUCUGUUGUCUGGAUUCCGUUUUUAUCGGCCAGCCGGGCGGGCAACAAAGCCACGGUAUAAAUCUUGACGCCGCGGCUUAGUCCAGCUUCAUCCCCCCACCAUCGAAAAAAGAGGCACAAGGCGAUCCUCCGGUGGUUUUGGCUUCGUUUUAGGAAGAGGAGACCUUGCCUUCUCUCUCUCUGCGCGGCUCUCCGGAAUUUGGAUUCUGUGAGAGAGUGCUGAGAGAAAAUCCUUUUUGGUUUCCGUCCGCAGAGAGAGGAGAGAAGAGAAGAGAAGAGAAGAGAAAAACAAAACCCCCCCACAAAAGAAAAAAAAAUCAGGAAAAAAGAAAAUCGAAACAACAAUGGCAGUUUCGAGAGUCGCCGUUGCCGCCGUGGCCGUCGCGCUCAUCUUCGCCAUCGCCUUGCCUGCUGCAGUUCAGGCUCAGGGCAUGGCUCCCGCCCCGGCCCCCGCCGCUACAAGCGAUGGGACGUCGAUUGACCAAGGGAUUGCUUAUGUGCUGAUGCUGCUGGCUUUGGUGUUGACUUACCUGAUUCAUGCUGCAGAUGUGACUCCCAGCUUAUAAAUUAGACGAGCAGAUGAUGAAGAUCAGAAAGAUAUUGGUUUCGUAAUUUUUAAUUUUUUUCUGGGUUGAUUUGGAUGGAGCUGGAUGUUAUUUAAGGCGAUUCGAACCUUGGUCUUCUGUAUUUAAGGUGGUACUCUGGUUUUUGGUGUAUUUAUUGUUUCGAUCAUAUGUAGAACAAAUUGGGUUUUCUGGUUUUUCUUUCGUAUUUGGUGAAGAAGAAGAAGAAGAAUGUGGGGUGUGGUGGGGGGUUCCAGUGGUUGUUGCUAAUGUUAUCAUCUUGUUUGGUGGGCUUAUCUAUCUUUUCCUACUCCUGUCCCUUUCAUUUCUCUGCAAAGUUUCCUAGA